UCUGUGGGUUUCAUAGGUGGUGGUAACAUGGCCAAGGCUUUGGCCUUCAGCAUGCUCAAGAAAAAUGUCUUAUCACCAUCUAACAUUCAUGUUUCUGGUCCAAAUCUGCAAAAUUUACAACCAUGGAGGAACGUAGGUGUUAAUAAUAUAUCUGAUAAAAAUUAUGACACGGUUUGUAAUUGCCAAAUAAUAUUUAUAUGUGUGAAACCUCAAUAUUUCAAAUCCAUGGCAUCGAGUCUCGAAGAGGACUAUGAAAAGCAUCCUGUGGAGCUAAAGGAUAAAGUUUGGGUUUCUAUAAUGGCUGGAGUUACCCUGGAUAAGAUAAAGGAUACUUUGGGGUUUUAUCCUAGUCCUAAGAUUAUUCGAACUAUGCCGAAUACACCUGUGGACGUUGGGGCUGGUGUUAUUGUUUAUACGCCUGGUGGAAAUGUUACGCAGGAUGAAGCAAUGAAGGUUAGGUCAUUGCUGCAGGCUAUAAGUUUAUGCCAGGAGAUACCUGAAAGCAUUAUAAACUCUGCAAGUGCUUUAUCGGGUAGUGGACCUGCUUACAUAUACCAGGUGAUAGAAGCCCUAGCAGACGGCGGAGUAAAAAUGGGAAUCCCAAGACAUUUGGCCAAUCAAUUUGCAGCCCAAACAGUCCUCGGAGCUGCACAAAUGGUGCUGAAGACUGGAAAGCAUCCUGGUCUUCUGAAAGACGAAGUCUGUUCACCAGGUGGGUCCACAAUUGCAGGUGUACACGAGUUGGAAAAAAGUGGUGUCAGGAAUGCCUUCAUGAAUGCCGUACAGGCUGCUAAGAUGAGGAACGAUGAAUUGGGAAAACAGAAUUGAUUGAUAUGAAAAUAUGAAAGAUGGUCGAAUAGUGUUAAAGUGUA